AUGGGAAACACAGAAGGGGCAACACUGGAGGACAUAACCGCCUGCGAGAGUUAUCAGUGGUACAGGAAAUUCAUGACAGAGUGCCCGUCUGGACUGCUCACCUACUAUGAAUUCAAGAAGUUCUUUGGCCUGAAGAACCUGUCUGAGUCAUCAGAUGCCUACGCCAGGUCCAUGUUUUCAGCGUUUGACAUGAACCAUGAUGGCUGCAUGGACUUCAUGGAGUACGUUGCCGCUCUUAGCCUGGUGUUGAAGGGAGAGGUCCAGCAGAAGCUCCGUUGGUACUUCAAACUGUAUGACGUCGACGGCAGCGGGUGCAUUAACCGCGAUGAGCUGCUGCUUAUCAUUACGUCUAUCCGCGCCAUCAAUGGAACGCCCAACGAAGUGUCUGCAGAGGACUUCGCAGACAUGGUGUUCAACAAGAUUGACACCAACGGCGACGGUGAGCUGUCCUACGACGAGUUCAUGGGUGGGAUUCAGAAUGACGAGAUGCUGCUGAGAACCCUAACGCACAGUUUAGAUCUCUCCCACAUCGUCCAGAGGAUCCAGGGAGACGUGCCCUAGCUAAUUUGAAUGCCUCAUUGACUCCAAAUAGACUACACAUGUUGCAACAUGUAAAAGUGCCAACGUGGGAUAUAUGCAGGAGUGUCUUUAGGACAAGCACAUAGUGCUGGGCUCCAUGAGAAGGAGGAGGAACAUGUGUUAAAACCACUGUCACGUUUUCAUGGUUUUGGGUUGACCAGGGAUGACAAUACAUCCAUCCGCAAAUCGUUCACCAUCGUUUCUUGUUCAAGCAGUAAUGUAAACAUUAAAGUGCCUUGCAGUUUCUAGAAUAAUCUCGCCCUCGGUUGAUUUGGUGCAAUAAGUAUGUAAUCCAUGGGAAAAGGCAUUUGAAUGUGC